AUGUCUCUGCCUGGCGUCUGGCGGUGCCUGAGUGCAGAGAUCCCUGAAAUACAGCUGCUCAGCGCUGCCGCCUUCCUUCUGGUGUACCUGGCUGCGAUUCUGGGGAACACCUCCAUUGUGGCCGCUGUGAGCCUGGACGCCCGCCUGCACACACCCAUGUACUUCUUCCUCAAACACCUCUCCCUGGUGGAUAUCUGCUCCGUGUCCACCACCCUGCCCGGGGCCCUGGUGGCCACCCUGCUGGCCACCCUGCUGGGCUCUGGGCAUAUUUCCCUCCCUGCAUGUGCAUCCCAGCUCUUCGCCUUUAUCUGCCUUGGGUCCACAGAGUGUUUUCUCAUCACCUGCAUGGCUUAUGACUGUUGUCUGGCCAUCUACCGGCCCCUGGUGUACAGGGCAGCCAUGAGCCCCCGGACCUGUGUGUCCCUGGUGGUGGUGGCCUGGGGCAGUGGGCUCCUCUACUCUGCCUUCCACACAUCCAACACCUUCUCCCUGCCCUUCUGUGGCCCCAACGUGAUUGACCACUUCUUCUGUGACAUCCUCCCCCUCAUGCGCCUCGCCUGUGCAGGCGCUCGUGCCCACGCGGCUGCGGGACUUGCAGCUAGUGGCUGUGUCAUCAUAAGCUGCUUUGGCCUCACUGUCCUGUCCUACGUCUGUAUCUUGGCCACCAUGGUUCAGAUCCGCUCAGUGGCCGGCCGCUGGGAGGCCUUCUCCAUGUGUUCCUCCCACCUGGCCACGAUUCUCCAGUUUUACGGCACCGGCAGCUCUGCCUACAUGCAGACCCCCACACGCUACUCUCCGCGGCAAGGCCGCCUGCCUGCCAUCUUCUGCUCCAUCCUCACCCCCACCCUGAAUCCGCUGAUCUACAGCCUGAGGAACAAGGACAUGAAGGGAUCCCUGCGGAAGCUCUGUCUUCAGGGCCAUCUUAGGGUGUGGAAGGGACCCAGAAAUCCAGCCUCAUAG